UCAGUGCGCUUCGAGCUGUCACUGCGCUCACAUCAGUUGCUAAUUGCUAUACGGAUUUAUAUUGCGUAAAAAUGUCGGUUGUGUCUUUAAAGUGUGCAGAAACUACAAAGAUCGAUCUAAAAUAACGAAUAGUGUUACCUGUCACCUGUAACUUAUAUUAUUUAUAAUCACUUCCUACAAAAUAAGCCAUGCCAUGCCAGAUGCCGGUUUCUGAAAUCAGUAUUUCCUAAAAAGAGAUAAAUUGAUCCAAAGUAAAUGUUUUUAUUACACGGUAAAUAUUAUAAUAUUUUGCGAAGUAUACAACUACAACUUCAUAAAAAUUAUAUAUUUUUAAUUGGACAUGAAAAAAUAUUAAAUAUGCAGACUUUGCCUUUUUAUCGAAGCAAAAGAAAAAAAAAACAUAUCAGUUAAAUAAAUUUCUUAUCUAAUAAUUUUAUGGUGCGAAAAUUUUAACACACACAGUUAAUUCGUUUUUUUUCAAAUGCAUAGCGGCCGAUGCGUCGUUUUCGCAAAAUGCGUCCGAUCUUUCAUGGGUUAAAAUAAAUGAGAUUUAGGACUUGUGUAUAUAAAUUUAAUCAAAUCUAUAAUUUUCUUCGCAUUUUAAUCUGAAUCGUGCAGGAACUGGUAUCAUGCACGCACACAAGACUAAGCAGAAAUACGCAGGGACAGCAUAUAACGCAACUGUCACGCACACUGGCUUAUACCAGUUGGCCUAUUUGUUUUAAUGUCAUUGAAGCGCGCCCCUCUAUCUAAACAUAUAAUUUAUAAAGAACACAAGGUUGAAUUUUUAAAUUAUUUCAAUGCGUUUAAAUUAUUUCAUAUAAAUCGACUACGAAACGUUUUUCCUUUAGUGAGUACCUACUACUUACCCAUAACACAGACACUGCUGCUUAGCUGGACGGACGUUUCACAUAUACAAGUGUCUCUCGAUUUCUAUCUAUUUAUUUCUUCAUAAUAUUUUGGACGUGAGCUACAAUAACAGAAAAUCAAGAUGAACGCCUUGACGCGGUUUGCGCUAUUUAUAAGCGCUAUCGGAACGACUUCCCCAGCACCAGACGUUAUAACGAUCACAUCACCAGUUAUUAAAUAUAUUAAUGAUCUUUGCCAAGUAGUUGUAAUUGGACAUCGUGGUGCCAGCGGCUAUGUUCCGGAACACACUCUUGGCUCCUACGCGCUUGCUAUCACAAUGGGUGCGGAUUACAUAGAACCUGACUUAGUAAUGACCAAAGAUGGACAUCUCAUAGCUCGACAUGAUAACGAACUUGGGCUUACUACUGACAUCGCAGAUCAUCCCGAAUUUGCCUCAAGACAUCGAAACCAAACAGUUGAUGGUAAUGAAAUCAGUGGGUGGUUCACCGAAGACUUCACAUUGUCCGAGAUCAAAACAUUGCGUGUUAAGGAACGUAUUCCAAUUAUUAGACCAGGAAAUGCCCGCAUGGAUGGAACUUAUCAAAUAAUCACAUUUCAAGAUAUUAUUGACCUUGUUAAAGGUCUAGAAAUAAGUCAAAAAAGAAUUAUUGGUAUUUAUCCAGAAAUUAAACAUAGUACACAUUUCAAACGUCUGGGUCUUGCCAUGGAACAACUAGUCGUAGACACUUUUCAUAGAAAUAAUUAUAGAGGUCCUAACGCUCCUGUCUACAUUCAAUCAUUCGAAGUAAAUAAUCUAAAAGAACUAAAACAGAUGACACAAUUGCGUUUGUUGCAGCUUUAUGAGAGUGACAAGUCCCUACAACCGUUCGAUCAGGUGGAGUCAGGCACAGGGCUAACAUACGGGAAUAUGGCAUCACCAGAAGGGCUUCAAGAAGUAGCAACGUACGCGCAUGCUGUUGGCCCGGAUAAGAGCUAUAUUAUACCGCGUGAUUCGAACGAGAGGCUGGGUCAAGCGACAAGUUUUGUAUCAGAUGCACAUCAAGCUGGGUUGAAAGUGCAUCCAUACACCUUCCGUGCUGAGAAUUCAUUCUUGCCUGCAGAAUUCCGAAGCGCGGAUCCGUCUCCGUCAGCUAGAGGAGAUUUUGAAGGUGAAAUCAGAGCAUUCCUUGACGCAGGGAUUGACGGUCUUUUUUCUGAUCAACCCGAUGUACCCGCGCGUGUUCGUGGAGCCUGUGUAAAAUAAAACUUUAUUUUAAAACGUAAUAGAUAAGUAAAAAAUGUGAA